AUGCAGAAAUAUUCGAAUUUGGAAUCGUCUGAUCAUCAACACCUGGAUGCUGAAAUGCAAGGUAAUAUGCGUUUGUUCCGAGCGCAGAGGAAUUUCUAUAUCUCCGGAUUUGCGCUGUUCCUUCUUAUUGUAAUCCGUCGCCUUGUGCAAUUGAUUUCUGAACUUGCCACCGUUCUUGCAACAUCAGAAGCUAAUUUCCGUCAAGCGCAAAGCGCCACCGUUGCUGCUAAGUCGCUUUUGGAGCAACAGGGAUCUGGUGACGAGAAGAAUAAGAUGGAGCUUGAAGAACUAAAGUCUCAGAUAAUCCAGCUAGAAAAAGAAUUGGCUAGGGAGAAGAAAGACAAAGAGGCUGUUAAAUCUCAGGCUGAAAGCCUUAACAAAGAAUAUGAUAGGCUUGCCGAAGAGCAUAGUGUACUUCAGAAGAAAAUUACAAUUGCUAGUGGUGAUAAGAAAGAUGAC